AUGGGCCUCUUUAAGCGCAAUUCGAAGGCCUCUGUCCAAAGUGACAAGGACGAGCAGGAUUCCUUUGUCUCCGUCAAUUCUGCCCGCAACUCCAACACUUCCCUCAGAUCCCCCGGGUACAAAGGCAGUGGCCUGCCCGCUUCAAUUCCCGAAAUGCCCAUCGCUAGACCCCCGGACCCUGCCCUGGACCCCGCCGCCUAUCUGCGCAGCAUUCACGCCGUACGUGAUCGUGCCACCAUUGUCCUGGAAAAAGCAAAGAACAAUCAGCUCAACCAUUUUGAUGUCGACAUCUCCAAGUUCCAAGCGACCGCUUCUUACAUCGUCUCCAUCAUCAAGCGCGACUAUGCUCCAGAAUAUGAAAACAUUCCUCCACAUGGCCGAUGGCAGCAUUUUGAUGUCGGGGGUCGUCCUCGUAUUAACCAGUUACUUCAAUCCUGGCCGAGCUCGAUUGAUGCUCAAGAACGAACUCGUCGAUUGAUUGAUCUAUUUGUGGUCUCCGUGCUGCUUGACGCGGGCGCAGGUACCAAGUGGUCUUACAAGUCCAAGGAGUCCGGCAAAAUCUACUCCCGGAGUGAAGGAUUGGCUGUGGCCAGUCUGGAGAUGUUCAAAUCUGGUCUCUUCAGCAGUGACCCGACCGAGCCGUGUCAGGUUGAUGGCGCCGGAUUAAAGAAAGUCACUGUUGAGAAGUUGGCCAAGGGGAUGCAGCACUCGGAUCAGAACUCGCUGGCCGGAAUUGAAGGUCGUGCAGGUCUCUUGGUGCGUCUAGCAGAUGCGCUCAACAACCAGGAUUUCUUCGGCGUAGAUGCUCGACCUGGAAACAUGCUCGACUACCUGCUCGGCCACACCUCGACUCUCGCUUCUUCCGUCCCUAUUGUCCCGAUCACCACUCUAUGGACGGUCCUCAUGGACGGACUAUCUUCUAUUUGGCCUGCAUCCCGCACUCAGAUCGAUGGUGUAUCGAUUGGUGACGCCUGGGAAUGCUCCGACUUACCGAAAUCCCCACCUGCACAGACGUGGGAAAGCAUUGUCCCGUUCCACAAGUUGACUCAAUGGCUCUGCUACUCCAUCAUGGUCCCCAUGUCCAAAUUGAUGCACAUCUACUUCCAUGGCAGUGAGCUCUUGACCGGCCUGCCGGAGUACCGCAAUGGCGGCUUGCUCAUCGACAUGGGACUGUUGAGUUUAAAGCAAGCAGAUAUGGAACGCGGCAUCCAGGCUUUUAAGCAAAAUGCCCAGAUCAAGGGUCAGCCGAACAUGGAGGUCGUACCCCUGUUCUCGACUGAUGACGAUGUCAUCGUGGAGUGGCGGGCUGCCACGGUGGGCUUCUUGGACGAGCUGCUUGAAGAAGUAAAUAAACAGCUCGGACUUACUGGGUCGGAGGAGCAGCUCUCACUGGCUCAGAUGCUUGAGGCUGGUUCUUGGAAGGGCGGUCGUGAAAUCGCCGAAGUCUCCAGGCCGAACACAAAAGAGCCUCCUAUUAUGAUCCUUUCUGACGGCACUGUCUUCUAA